AUGAAAUUAGUAAAAUAUGGUAAUAUAGAUAACUAUACAGAGUCAUUUAUGGAUAUUACUAAAAAGAUGAACGCUUGCCUACCUAAAAAAGAUAGACUGCCUGAACGCAAACUUUCUGAAAUCUAUGUCGCUGGCAUGCCUAACUGGUUACAAAUUGAAGCAUCACGUUUAACUUCAUUAGAUAUUAUCGAAUUACAAAAUUCAUUACGUAAGGUUUAA